UAUAAUGUUUCGUUUUGGCGAAAAAUUUGAUAAUUUUAUUCAUAGCAAAGAAUCCGAUACUCUCAUUCCAUUCGACGAAAUUAAAUUUAGAGGAGAGAUCUGUCAUGGAACAUUUAGCAUUAUCGAGCGUGCAGAAUAUAAAGGAGUUAAGCUAAAAAUGUCUAUUGAUAUUGCAAAAGGAUUGUUAGAAUGUCAUGAUCAUAAAAUUAUACAUUUGAAGAUAAAUUCUGAAAACAUUUUAGUGGAUAAAAACUUAGAAUUAAAGAUAGCUGGCUUCGGCUUUAUCACAACCAGAAAAUUUGAUAAUAUAGAAACUUUACGAUGGGCUGCUCCCGAAUACAUUUCCGGAAAUCAAGAAAUGAAUAAAGAAAUGUUGAAACUUUCAAAUAUUUAUAGUUGCGGAUUAGUUAUGUGGGAAAUUGCAGUAAAUGGCAGGAAACCUUACGAUGGCAUGAAUGAUGAUGAAAUUAAAGGUGCUAAGGCUUCUGGCAACGUUAAUAACUUGAUUAAAGAACUUGAACUAGAAGAUGUACCAGGCAAAUUAAAAUGUUUAAUAAAAAAAUGCUGUGAUUUAGAUCCUUCCAAGAGAGCGGCUUUAGAAGAUGUUGUAGUUGAACUAAAACAAUUACGUCACGAAAAACUCCAGAAAGACAUUAAAAAUGAUUCAGAAAACAGGCAUUAUUUUAUUUCACGGAGGAAAGUACAAAGACCUAGCGAAGAAUUAUCUUUAAUUGAACCUCAUCAUUAUGUUAAACUUGGCAAAGUUAUUUCGCCGCCAAAAUUAUCAUCUAAUGAAAUUCGUGGAAAUGUAGCUGCAGUUCUCCCAUAUAUUCGGCAGAAAGUUAAGAUGUGGGGGGUUGAUAUUGUAAAAGCAGAAAACUUCUACAACAUUUUAAUAAAUUAUGAUGAGGAAGUUGGAGAGUUUUCCGAUGAUGAAUCUAGAUUAUCUCGAUUUGAUUGCAUUGCUACUUUAUUUGCCUUAUCUGAAUGUGCCGUUGUCCAAGAUAUCUUUCAAACUAUGUCUCAAUUUCCAAUUGCAUUUCCUUUAUUAAUACCUGAAUUAGAUAAAAUGAAAAAGUAUAAAGUAAUGCUUCCUUUAUUUACAGGACAAGUUAUUAAAUGGGAAACAAGUAAUGGAACAAUAGUAGAGAAUCAUCUUUUCAAGGAUUCUUUCAAAAUGAUUGUUGCAGUCCGGAUUGGAACGAAUCCCAAAGGAAAAAGUACGAUAAUUAAUCAGUUAAUGAAUUCAAAAUAUAUGUUCACAUCAUGUUCUGAGCCAAGAGCAGAAUACGGAAUCCCAUAUAUGAUUAGUGGAAGUAUCGAGUUCGUUUGGUUAACUGAAGAGACUUGUGGGGAUGCUUUGUGGAAUAUGGUAUUUAAGAAUUAUUAUGGAAAAGGAGAAAAGGAUAUCAUAUUGCUUGCAAACUUACAUGGUGAUGCCUUAGAUUAUCCGGAUCAAAUAGAAUUUUUAAACCAAUUUCCUUCCUGCUUCAUGGUUUACUUAAUGCCUGGAUAUAACCAAAUUCAAAAAGAUAAGAUUAAAAUUUUGAUUAGUCCUAAAAAAGCAAUAUAUAAUUAUGUUGAUUCUAGUGAUGCCAAUAUAAAGAAAUAUACAAUUAAUACAAACUCUUUGGAAAAGUAUGAAACAAUAAAAAAAGUAUGCAAAAUUUUUAAAGAAGCUCUAACAUUAAAUUUUGAAUUAUCAACCAAUACCAUUAAUGCUAAUGGAUUAAAAAUAGGAAAAACACUUCAACUUUCAGGAAAUACCGAGUUUCUUGAAUCUCUUAAUUACAUUGUAGGCUUUGUUGAGAAUAAAACUUGCCGUUACAUUAAAUUGAAUGUUAUGCAACUUCAAAAAAAACAAUUUAAUGAUAUAUCAAAGUGCAUACAAUUUUGGCACCAAACAACCGAGUUGCAAAAAUUAAUUCGAAACUUCAUUAGUAUUCUAGAACUACCUAUCAAUAUAAGAAAACAAGCUCUAACACGUCUUGAACGAGAAAUAUCCAGGAUUUCUAUGAAAGGUUCAUCUAAGUCUCGUAAUGAUGCUAUAUCCAAAAGAAAGGAAUUAAAUAGUGCAAGUAUUAUUAACACUGAUCAAGAAAAGGAUAAAGAGAUUCGAAAAGAAAUUGCAAAACUUUGGGAAGAAGUUGAUAACAAAAAUUUAGGUAUAGAACAUUUUUUCCGUGAAUUGGGACAUAUUUAUAAGAUUUUUAUUCCCGUUAUAGACAAUGGUUCAAAAAUUAUUUCUGUCAAUGGUCUUACCAAAGAAAAUAUUUUGAAGUUACCAGAGUACUGUGCUGAUCUCUUAAUUAGUGGCAAUACUAUAGAAUUACUUGAUGGUGAUUCUACAACUAUAUCCGAAGCUUGGUUCUUAGCAAUUUGUAAUUGUAUUAAUGAAAAACAUCCGAAACUUAAAGUUUUUGUUAUCAGUAUCCUUGGAUUACAAUCAUCUGGAAAGUCCACUCUUUUAAAUGCGCUCUUUGCCUGCAAAUUUGCGGUUUCAGUUGCACGCUGCACUAAGGGGUUUUUUAUGCAAUUAUUGCUUUUAGAAAAAGAAUUAUCUGAUCAGCUUGGUGUUGAUGCUUUUAUCUUGAUAGAUACUGAAGGACUUGAGUCAACGAGAGAGUCGACUGAAAUUUUACAGAUAGCACAGACAGCAAUUGUGACAAUGGCACGCAUUAAGAAGGUUGGCAUGUCCCCCGAUAUACUUAUAGUGCAGCAUGUUACGAAAAAAAAUGCGAUUAAUUUAAGUGUUCUAGAACAAAAAUUUUGUGAAGCUUUUCAAAAAAGCUUAGAAAUAGCCAAGGAAAAAGACAGUGAGAUGGGUGCACACAAUUUUGAAUGGCUUAGCAGUCUUAAUGCAAGGAUUAAAAAUAAAGAACUUCUCAAACUAUUUGCGCCAUUUAAAAACGGCGCAACUGCAUAUUCCCCGCCAUCGAAUCAAUAUCACGAGGACAUUGUUGAUUUAUACAAUUCUAUAAUUAAUGAUUUCAAAAAUUCACAAA